AUGGACGAUGACGAAACGAGCAGCUCAAGCGAUUCUCCCGCAGACAGGCACUUCGAAGACGCCUACGAUGCUGCAUCUGGCGAAUAUAUGGACUCAGAGGGCGUAGAAGGGGAUACAGAAGCAAUAAAAAAUAUAUACUUCUGCCCCUUGGCGGAUUCGCAGGAGUACAGAAGCCCGUACCAGUACUCUGACUCAUGUGACAGCGGCGGAUGCGACCAGCAGAAUAGCAACGACGAAGACACCGACUCAAACGAUAGUUCGCCCCAUUACGAAACUGUCGUGCAACCACAGGUCUUCGAGCACGUUCCUGAUCCCCCGUACACGAGCGUGCCCGGCUACGAGGACUCAAAAAUAUAUGAAGACCACAACGAUAGCGCCAGCGACGAAGAUUCAGUUGAAGAAGGCGUAAGGAAUCAGCUAACAGACGAAGGCUCCGUAGAAGAAACAAGCUCUAGUGACGAUACCACUACAGAAAAUUCGUCAGCAGAAACAAGUCAAUCAAGUGGGGAAGACAGCAGUGGAGAGAGUGCGUAUCAGCCCGUAGAUGAUACCCAGUAUACGCAGUCAUCUAUAUCCGUAGGCACCGGGAGGGACGAUAACCCUCGUAAUGUUAUUUCAAGUUGCUUAGCUGACGUCCGCUGUAGUAUAUUGCAGAACGAAAUCAGGAUACUCAGGAACGAAAAGGCUGACUGGGCGGAAAGGGAGCGGGAGCUUGUGGAACGCGUCCAACAGGCGCAUGAAGAUUUAAAAGAGCAGAGAAAGAAGCUGCUGGAUGGGCAACGGAAGGCACGCGCACUGGAGCAGGAAGUUGAACUACUACACUGCCGAUACAAAAUCAGGCAGGAAACCUUGGAGCAAAGCUACAAAACGCUGUGCGAAAACGUUCGCCUGACUGAGCAAGCCUCGUUAAAAGCGAGGCUUGACCUCAGAAGGCUUCAAACGAAGAAUAUGUUGUUAGAAGAACUUCUUCAAACCAAAACGGUGGAUUAUGAAAGGUUAGAGCUUAUGGCAUCGCAGUCCUCACGACCAACUGGCAUACAACCAACUUCUGCCCCUUCAUCCGGGGUGUCAUGCGACAACCGCAAACCUGACGACACCGCCAUGGCGAUCUGUGACGGAAAGGACUGCCAGGACAACGGUCCCGUAUCUGAUGGACCUGCCAUUGACGCCAAUAACGUUGAUGCAUCUGAGCCAAUAUGUGGCGACGACCUUGAUACAGAAAAUGAACAAGAUAAGUCGUGUUCGCUACCUGAAGAGCAAGAUGCAGUAUCCAGAAGCGACAGCUGUGCAGAAGACUCUCGUUCGGUUGCAGCCAGUGAAGAACGCACAUCUGAUCCAGGGGAUGUAGCGGCAUCGCAACCACUGCUACCAGAUUCCAACAGAGACACGGACACGCUACAAGAGCUCGGUCAACUCAUGAAGGUACACCUAAAGCAAAUGAUCGGCUGCGCAAAAGAAGCAGAGAAGCAAAUGCGGGAGGCUGUGGACGCCCAAAUGGAAGAACUUAAGGAAUUGCUCCAACAGACUCGUUCAGAUCUGGCAUACAAGACAGAAGAAUGCAACGUACUAACAAGAACUCUUGAAGGUCUGCGAUCGGAACUGGAGAUUGCCAAGAGCAACUUUUUGCAAAGUUUUGAUGCACAGCAGGAAAUAAAAGGAAAGUACGAGUGCAAACUGCUGGAAAUGGAAAAGCUGCAAAAGGACGCAGAUGCGCUCCUUUUGCAAUAUGAGGAGGCAAAGCGGGUACUGGGUUCAACUGUGUUACAAGAACGACAACAAAAGGCUGCAUUCGACGCAUAUGUCAAGGAUACGGAUAUGAAACUCCAUAAGAUGGAGGUGAUGCUGUCUGCUAAUGGACCGAGAGCUGGACCGGUAGGCGCAUUUGGUAGAACAGAGCCAAUAGGAACUACCAGCGAACCAACGGCAAAUGGAAAUUCUACGAAGUCGGCUCUGACAGGACAGGGCGCCAACAGUCAGAGUACGGAUUUAAUGGCUCAUGUUGACAUCGGUUAUAGCAGCGGGGCAAGGAGUUGCGCAUCGGAACAACUGGCCAAGAAAUGCUUGCCAACAGGAACAAAUAGCUCAAACGAAAGCAAUGAAAUGAAACUGAAGUGGGCUAUGGGAAAUUGCAGCCCGCAUCGAAGUAAUCUGCAAGAAGGGGAUGGCAAUGUGUGUUGUGUCAAUGACACAUCAAACGCUGAGGGACAAACCGACGUGAUUAAUGACGGGGUGAAAUGUAUGCUGCCGCCAUCACUAUCGCAAGCAGGUGCAACCGAUGCGCGUAAGAUGCAAGAAAUGUUUAAGGGCGUCGCUGUCAAACUACUCAGGAAGGUCGAAACCCUCACCGAGACACUGACGCAGCAAAUGGUCCGGGCAUUUGACAGCGAAAAACGGGUAAAAGAACUAGAGUGCGGUGUCAAGUCCGUUUGCCUAUGCCGCAAAUCACUCGAGCGGGCCGAGGCCACCAAGCGGAAACGCUGCUGGUGCAAGUAUAAGCGCGUUGCAGAACUCAGACGCCAUGUUGCACAUGCCGCGCUAGAGCUGGACAAAAACACCAUUUCAGCUGUAUUGGCAGGUGAAUUGGGCGGUAAAAAACGUAAAAUCGCGCUUCUAAACCCUACACAGUAG